CCACCGGUCCGGCUGAACCCUGUCACUCUCUUGCAGAGCUGGUGUUGGUCACCUCUGCAACUGGUUUUCUUGUUCUUUCGUGUAUUGAAUAAAUCCAGUGGAAAUGACAACUCUAGCAAAGGAGAAGGUAGAGACACACGACGUCAGCGAAGAUGUCGGACAGGCGUACGGAGAGUGGUUUUUCAAUUACAUGAAAAUAUUCAGUCGUAGGAUGAUUGAGUGGUUUAUGGUGUAUAUGUUUGGGUACUACAGUGUCAGCUUUGGAUGGCUUAUGGCACCGUUACUCUUCCUCGUCUUGAGGGAUAAGAGGGCUAAGGAGAAGAAGAUUAAAUUUGACAUCAUUCGUGCCAUUGCCAAUGCUGACGAAAAGGAUAUUCUGCAGGAAUUCCAGCGGUUCUCCACUCUUCCGUCAUGGGUGACGUUCCCUGACAUGGAACGCGUGGAAUGGCUGAAUAAGAUCAUCCGCCAGCUGUGGCCUUAUGCAGGGCAUUAUGUGAAGGACUUGUGCAAAUAUUCCAUUGAACCAAGCCUUAGAACUGCCCUGGAAGAAUACAAAUUGUCAGGGUUCCAGUUUGAGAAAAUUAUUUUAGGAGAUACUCCCCCAAGAUUUUCUGGUGUCAAAGUUUAUGAUGACACCUCCCGUCAUGAAAUUAUCAUGGACAUGGAUGUUGCGUAUGCUGGAGAUUGUAAGUUUGAAGUCAGUGUCUCAAAAUUCAAGAUGGGCAUCAAAGACCUGAGGAUUUGCGGAAAAAUGAGAGUAGUCAUGAAACCACUGGUAAAACAGAUUCCUCUGGUUGGUGGCCUUCAAGUUUUCUUCCUUAACAACCCUGAUGUAGAUUUCAACCUUAUUGGUUUAGCAGACGUUUUUGACAUGCCAGGCUUAAGUGAUAUUCUGCGUAGUAUUGUGACCGACCAGAUUGGUUACAUGAUGGUUCUUCCUAACCGCUAUCCCAUUCAGCUAGUGGAGGAUAUAGAUGUCGUGGAGUUGAAGUGCCCUCUUCCUGCUGGUGUAAUUCGUAUUCAUGUUAUUGAAGCUCAUAAUCUGAUGAAGAAAGAUGUUGGAAUCAUGGGCAUGGGCAAAUCAGAUCCUUAUUGUAUCUUGCACCUGGGUGCUCAAAAGUUCCAGACAAAGACCAUCAAUAACACUAUCAACCCUAAGUGGGACUUCUGUUGUGAGUUCUUGACAGAUGUUAUUCGGAGCCAAGAGAUUGAUAUUGAGGUUUUCGAUUUUGACGAUACUCCAGGAAAGAACGAUUUUUUGGGGAGAGCCAAUUUGGAUGUUCAGGAGAUAUGGAAAAGUGGAGAAAUCGAUAUGUGGGUACCGUUAUCUGAUGCUAAGUCCGGUCGCCUGCAUAUCCGUGCCACUUGGCUUGAGUUGAGUGAUUCUGCACCUGCCUUGGAUUUGCAACUGGAAGAAAUCCGUGCUCUUCAGAACACAACGAAAAACCCUCUACACAGUGCAGUAUUAAUGGUGUGGGUUGACUCUGCUAAAAAACUAAAUCCGUCCCAUAAGCAUACUCCCGAUCCCUUCGUUCGAUUGCACGUUGGCAAUACCAAGCAUGAAACAACUGUACGUCAACGUACCAAUGAUCCAGUUUUUGAAGAAGGCUUUUCAUUCCUGGUACGGAACCCUAAAACACAGGAGUUACAAAUCGAGGUUGUUGACCAAAAGACAAACACUGUACAAGGGAAACUGGAGUUGGACUUGAACAUGUUGUUAAAAGAGAAGAAUCUUGAAAUUGUUAGUGAAGAUUACAGUUUGAGUGGAGCGUCAGGAGGAUUGGCUGCUAUUAAACUCUCCCUCACGCUCAGGAUCCUAAAAACUGCUUUGAAGACAGAUGAUGGGGACGGUGGCCCCAAAGAAAAGGGUGAGGUGGAAACCUCUUCAUCCUUCACUCCUGCUGCCAUCUCAGAACCCCCUUCCUCUUCCUCCUCAGCAUCUGUUCCACAGCCCCCUGCACAUAUUAAAUCCAGUAAAGCUCCCCCUAGCACUCCUCCUCCUCCCCAUCCUGCUGAUGUUCCUGAGCCAACCUCUGCCCUCACAAAGGAGGAUGUGUCUGUGGCAGAUCCUAGUGGUGUCUCAAAUGUGGCCACACACGCUGAUGUUCCACCCCCAGCAAAAGUGGAAGAAAGAAAACCUUCUGUAGAGACAACUUUAGAGGAGGUAAUGUCAUCAGCUGCAUCUCCAUUAAUGCACAUGUUACCCUCAGCAACAGACAACUCCUCCCUCAGGCACAGACCAAGUGUUUCCAACUCGGGUAUGCAUGGCCUUGGUCGAAUUGAAUUAUCUGUCAAAUAUGGCCCUCGUAGCAACUUGGUUGUUGUUGUCCAUCAAGUCCAGGGCUUACAGAAGGAAGAGGAUGGAGAACUUCCGGAUCCAUAUGUAAAGCUGUAUCUUCUACCUGAUCGGUCCAAAGAUAGUAAAAGAAAGACUGAUGUCAUAAAAGACGAUUGUAAUCCGAAGUUUGACGAACGCUUUGAGUAUUCUGUCUCCCCUAAUGAACUCACUCAUCGUAGAUUGGAAGUGUCUGUUAUCAACAAGAAGGGAUUGCUCUUCUUGCAGCGGUCUAGCACCAUGGGACAGAUACACCUUGACUGUGGUCUUUUGGAUGCAGAGAAGGUCACUCAGUGGUACGAUCUCGCACCUGCAAUGGAUGAGGAAGAGGAGUGAGGAAGGCUUAGUGUGUUAGGUCGUUUUGGAAGUUUCAGAGCAAGUCUCCGCCGUAGUGCCAGGCUGAUGAAUCUAGCAAAGAAUAAGAAAAAGAAAAAGAAGUCUCAUAGUAAGUGUCCACCUCAGACUGAUGACGCCAACAAAGAAUAAGAUAAAGAUGUGGACUGCAUAAAUACCAUAGUAUUUUCAUGUAAUUACUGUAUGCUUCAUUUAUUCAUUUAGUUGUGUCAUUUGUGAAGAUUGAGGAGUUCUGAAAGUAUGGAUUUUUUGUAAGGGUUUGGAAUGUUGCAUGCCUGUGCAUGUUGACUAAAGAUUAUCAUGAGUAUGAUAUAAUUCUUAGGUUAUUGCAUUGUGAUAAUUUCUAUAUUUUGGUGAUUAUUGGUAGUGCAGUUGAAUUGUUUUAAAUAGGAAAGCUACUCUGCUGGUGUUUGGUAGAGCUAUAUCAGCCAUUAUCAUUUGUAGGAGAGGGAUUGGAAGAGACGCACAAUUUACCAAAUAGAAACAAAAAGCUCUAUUAAAACUUACAUGCACUUGACCUGCACACUAGUAAGCCUAAUGUAAUAGAAAUACUGAGGAAAUAAAGAUUUAAGAUUGUAAUCAUUCUCGAAAAAUUCGUUUGGUACUUUUGACACACGAAAAAAGAAAAAUAUUUUUGGGAGCGAUUCAGUGUUUGGGUCGAAAUAAUUUUGAGUAUUGUACUCAUUAGCCCAAAUAUAUACAGUACGUAGUUGCUGUUUUUGCCAAUUAUGCUUUUGACACUACAGAAAGAUUCUUUUAGUUUAUAUAUUUUGAGCUUAGCAGAUGUUUUAGAAUUUUAUAAGCACAAUUCAUACCUGUCAAGGUGUCAAGUUAGUACUAGUGAUUUUUUUUUAAUAGAUAAAUGGUUAGCCACAAAAUCUUAGCACAGUUGAGCUAUGCACAAAUUUAUUUGUAUCAAUGUAGGUUUUGUAAUUUUCCAUAUACAUAGUAGCAUUGAACUGGAUGUUGAUUUGUCUGGCGUUGUGAGUAUAUUCACACUUUUGAUAUACUUUAACAGAUAAUUCUACAUUGGGGAAACGGACUAUGAACAGUAGUAGUUCAUAUAGGGUAAAAUUUCUGUUUUGAAUCAUGCCAUUGUACGUUCUCUAUGGACUGUUUUUAAAGUUCAUAAUGAAAUUGAAAGAAAAAUUUUUUUAGAUACUUGCUGCAAAUGAAGAGAAGUUUAAUUGCCUGACUUGACAGUAUGAAACAGGUAGCAUUAGUAUAAUAUCCAUGUUGAUAACUUAAGAACAGCCAUAAUAAAUUAUCUAAUCAUUGACUUUAUGCUGCAAUUCAGUCAGUAUUUGUAGCCAAUGUACAUGUGCCAGUGUAUUUUUUUGUAAACUUGAUGCUUUAAAAAAUUAAUUAUGAAAAAAUACAGCAUAUUUGUGUAAUUUUUGCUGGCAAUCCUAAAUUUAUUGUUGCAGGUUUUUUGCUGUAGUGAUUGAUAAAGUCUCGAAAACCUGUGAUCCUAAGGUAUAUUUAUAUAUAUGAAAUUUAAUAGAUGUCUGUUAAAAAAUUGUUGAUUUGAAAUAUGCAGUUUGUUAGACUAUUAUAUUUGGAUGCCAUAUAUCUUACUUUUAAGUGCAGUUCAGUGCCUCUGUUCAUCUGAUAUUAGGAACUAAUCAAAGGGCAGUCUGCCUUUUUAAUUAUGAAAUUAGGAUUUUUGUCAUGUAAUCACAAUAGUGGCUCUAUAAAACAUCAUUAUCCCAGAUUAACAAAAGAAAGCUGUGAUAACUGCAUAAUGAGGAUGGGUGCUAGAUGAGCUUUGAGUUUAGCUCAAGUAAGCACUUGCAGUGGCUGCUGGAAUAAUGAUUUUUAUGAUACCAUCCAGUUUUCCUAGGAAUAAUUGCCUUAAUGUUUAAAAUACUGUAAGUGUUGCAUUGAUUGUAAUUAUUGAUUAAGAGUUGAUGGUAGAAUAGAACAUAGAACUUUUUAAUAAUGGACAGUGUUUGUUAGAGGAAAUGUUAAUCAAAACAGUGUCUUGUUUUAUGUUAACAGCUUGGUGCUUUAAAAGGAGCUUAUGUAGUAAUCACCAGUUCCUAAUAAGAUUUAUUUUUUCAAUUUUUUUUGUUAGUAUUGCGAGUAAUGUACUUAAGAUCUGAUUAUCCUUUAUACUUUUUUUCACAGAAAUCUCAUUUUGAUACAUUUUGAAAAUAUUUUUGUUCAUGGUUGUAUGUUUAUUUUAAGUGAUCUAGUGACAUUCAGAUUAUAUAUAUACAAAUAUUUCAGUUGUGAUAAGUGAUUUGGUUAUGGUAAUCAUAAAUAUUGAAGCUUUCUAAAUGC